GUAGCGGCGGUGGCCCGGCGGGGGGCGGCGAGUGGCCCGCGCGACACGCGCCAGCCCGGACCUUAUGCGGUGACUCGCGCGGCGCAGGCGCCUCCUGCCCCGCCGGCGGGGCUCGGGUUUCCCGCGGCGGGAUGUUCUCCCGAAGGAGCCACGGGGAUGUGAAGAAGUCCACCCAGAAGGUGCUGGACCCCAAGAAGGACGUGCUGACCCGCCUGAAGCACCUGCGGGCGCUGCUGGAUAAUGUGGAUGCAAGUGAUCUUAAGCAGUUUUUUGAGACCAACUAUUCUCAGAUAUAUUUCAUCUUCUAUGAAAAUUUUAUAACACUGGAAAAUAGUUUGAAAUUAAAAGGGAAUAAUAAGUCACAAAGGGAGGAGCUGGACUCCAUCCUCUUUCUUUUUGAAAAAAUACUGCAGUUUCUACCUGAACGAAUUUUCUUUCGAUGGCAUUACCAGAGUAUAGGCUCAACUUUAAAGAAGCUUCUACACACUGGAAAUUCUAUUAAGAUAAGAUGUGAAGGGAUCAGGCUGUUUCUUCUGUGGCUUCAAGCACUUCAGACAAACUGUGCAGAAGAGCAGGUGCUGAUUUUUGCUUGCCUUGUGCCUGGUUUCCCAGCAAUCAUGUCAUCCAGAGGGCCCUGUACGCUGGAGACACUCAUCAGUCCUAGCCCUAGUGGAGCUGAUGCAAAGGUAUAUCCAGAAGAAAUCACUCCACUCCUACCAGCCAUAUCGGGGGAAAAAAUUGCUGAGGACCAAACAUGCUUUUUUCUUCAAAUACUAUUGAAAUAUAUGGUUAUUCAGGCUGCAAGCUUGGAGUGGAAGAAUAAGGAGAAUCAAGAUACUGGUUUUACAUUUCUUUUUACAUUGUUUCGAAAAUAUUAUCUUCCUCAUUUAUUUCCAACAUUUACUAAGUUAACAAACAUCUACAAACCUGUACUUGACAUCCCCCAUAUGAGACCAAAGCCAGUGUACAUUACUACAACUCGAGACAAUGAAAACAUUUACAGUACAAAAAUUCCAUACAUGGCAGCUCGCGUUGUUUUUAUUAAGUGGAUUGUCACUUUCUUUUUGGAAAAAAAGUAUUUAACUACAACACAAAACACUAAAAAUGGAGUUGAUGUGUUGCCCAAAAUCAUACAGACUGUUGGUGGUGGUGCAGGGCAAGAGAGAGCACCGGAGCUGGAUGGCAGUGGGCCCACAGAGCAGGACAGAAACCAUUCCAACAGCAGCACCUUGUCUGACCGAAGACUCAGCAACUCCAGCCUUUGUAGCAUUGAAGAAGAGCACCGCACAGUGUAUGAAAUGGUGCAGCGGAUUCUCUUGUCAACACGAGGUUAUGUCAACUUUGUGAACGAAGUCUUUCGCCAGGCAUUCUUGUUGCCUUCCUGUGACAUAGCUGUAACAAGGAAGGUAGUUCAAGUGUACCGAAAGUGGAUACUCCAGGACAAACCUGUGUUCAUGGAAGAACCAGAUAAAAAAGACGUUGCCCAAGAAGAUGCUGAGAAACUAGGAUUUUUAGAGACUGACAGCAAAGAGACCUUGUCGGAAAGUUCCCGUCAUAAGCGCUCUUCCAGUUGGGGACGCACAUACUCCUUCUCGAGUGCAGUGAGCAGAGGCUGUGUGACAGAAGAGGAAGAUAAGAACGUGAAAGCCGGGGCCCAGGCUAUGCUGCAGGUGUUUUUGACAAAUGCUGCAAAUGUCUUUUUGCUGGAACCAUGUGCUGAGGUUCCCAUGCUCUUGAAAGAACAAGUCGAUGCCUGUAAAGCUGUUUUGAUUAUUUUUAGGCGUAUGAUAAUGGAGCUUACAAUGAAUAAAAAGACAUGGGAACAGAUGUUGCAAAUACUACUCAGGAUAACAGAAGCUGUCAUGCAGAAGCCAAAGGAUAAACAAAUAAAGGACUUGUUUGCCCAGAGCUUGGCAGGGUUACUGUUUAGGACGCUCAUGGUGGCGUGGAUCCGAGCAAACCUCUGUGUAUACAUUUCUCGAGAGCUCUGGGAUGACUUUCUUGGCGUGCUGUCCUCCCUCACGGAAUGGGAGGAGCUCAUAACUGAGUGGGCCAACAUCAUGGACUCGUUGACAGCAGUGCUCGCGAGAACUGUUUAUGGAGUUGAGAUGACAAACCUACCUCUCGACAAAUUAAGUGAACAAAAGGAAAAGAAGCAGCGAGGCAAAGGUUGUGUUCUAGAUUCUCAGAAAGGAACCACUGUGGGGAGAUCCUUUUCUCUCAGCUGGCGGAGCCACCCAGAUGUGACUGAACCAAUGCGAUCUAGGAGUGCCACCACAUCUGGGGCACCAGGAGUUGAGAAGGCAAGAAAUAUUGUUCGCCAAAAAGCAACUGAAGUGGAAGAAUGUCAGCAAUCAGAAAAUGCACCUGCCAUGGAAUCUGGCUGCCUGGGGGCGGAGCAGCACAUCAUUCGGAGCAGCAGCACACCUGACGUCACUGAGCCGCCCUGCCCAGAUUCCUCUCAGGGUCAAAAGGUAGAAAAUAUACAGACUUUGAGUUCUGCAGAGUCCAAGCCUAUUCAAGAAAAUAAAGGAUAUGUGAAGAAAGAACAUGAAGGAAUAACAAUCUUAGUCAGAAGAAGCAGCAGCCCUGCUGAAUUGGAUUUAAAAGAUGAUUUGCAGCAGACACAAGGAAAAUACUUCGGUUCUUCUGUUGUGCCAGGUGAAAGUGUCAGCAGUGACACAGCUCUGGGCUAUAACAACGAGGCAGAGCUGUCCAUGAGCCCAUGGCCAACCUGUGACGAGGACCCGGAACUGAGCACUCCCACAGAUGUUGUGACUGACUCUGAUGCCCGCCACUGGUUACAACUGAGUCCCACCGAUGCUUCAAACUUAACAGAUAGCAGUGAGUGCCUUGCAGAUGACUGCAGUAUAAUUGCUGGAGGGAACCUUACCGGUUGGCACCCAGACUCUGCCGCUGUGUUAUGGCGAAGAGUCCUGGGAAUCCUCGGGGAUGUGAAUAAUAUCCAGUCCCCCAAGAUUCAUGCCAAAGUUUUUGGCCAUCUCUAUGAACUCUGGUAUAAGCUAGCAAAGAUACGGGAUAAUCUGGCAAUAAGCCUGGAUAACCAGUCUUCUCCGUCUCCACCGGUGCUGAUCCCACCACUCAGAAUGUUUGCAUCAUGGUUAUUUAAGGCGACGACAUUGCCAAACGAAUAUAAGGAAGGCAAACUGCAAGCCUACAGACUGAUCUGCGCCAUGAUGACCAGACGCCAGGACGUUCUGCCAAACAGGGACUUCCUAGUGCAUUUUUACCUUGUGAUGCACCUGGGAUUAACCAGUGAGGAUCAGGAUAUCUUAAAUACCAUUAUAAGGCACUGUCCACCCCGCUUCUUCUCCCUGGGUUUGCCUGGCUUCUCAAUGCUGGUGGGGGACUUCAUCACGGCUGCUGCUAGGGUCCUCAGUACAGACACGCCGGCGGCACCUCAUUCAGAAGCUCUCACCAUUCUUGGUUCUCUUGUCUGCUUUCCAAACACCUACCGGGAGAUCCCUUUGCUGCAGUCUGUGCCAGAAGUCAGUGAAGUCAUCACAGGAACCGAAGACGUCAAGCAUUACCUCAUAAAUAUUUUACUGAAGAAUGCCACAGAGGAACCAAAUGAAUGUGCAAGAUGCAUCGCCAUUUGCUCUCUCGGGGUCUGGAUAUGCGAAGAGCUUGCCCAGUGUACGAGCCAUCCUCAGCUGAAAGAGGCCAUCAAUGUGAUAGGUGUGACUUUGAAGUUUCCUAACAAAGUCGUGGCUCAGGUGGCCUGUGAUGUUCUUCAGUUGCUGGUUUCCUACUGGGAAAAGCUUCAGAUGUUUGAAACCUCUCUGCCUCGGAAAAUUUCAGAAAUCCUUGUGGCCACAAUUGCUUUUCUUUUACCAAGUGCAGAGUACUCCUCAGUGGAAACAGAUAAGAAGUUUAUUGUAUCCUUGCUACUCUGCCUCUUGGACUGGUGCAUGGCAUUGCCAGUGAACACCCUUCUCCACCCAGUGUCCACAGUAGCCCUGGAGGAGCAGCACUCGUGCAGAGCCCCUUUGCUGGAUUAUAUCUAUAGGGUUCUGCACUGCUGUGUGUGUGGCUCAAGCACAUAUACUCAACAGAGUCACUACACACUGACCCUGGCUGACCUGUCAUCCCCGGAUUACGACCCCUUCCUGCCACUGGCAAAUGUGAAGAAUUCGGAGCCAGUCCAAUAUCAUUCAUCAGCAGAUUUGGGCAACCUGCUCACAGUGGAAGAGGAGCGGAAGAGGAGGAGUUUGGAGCUGAUCCCUCUGACCGCCCGCAUGGUGAUGGCCCACCUGGUGAACCACCUGGGGCACUUCCCACUCCGUGGGGGUCCUGCCGUGCUGCACAGUCUGGUCAGUGAGAACCAUGACAAUGUACACGCCGAGGCUCCCGAGCUGUCCUCUGAGGUGUUCCGGAGCCCAAACCUGCAGCUUUUUGUGCUGAAUGACAGCACCCUCAUCUCCUACCUUCAGACACCUGCAGAAGGGCCAGCAAGUGGCUCGCCGGGGGGCGCCUUGUCCGAUGUCAGAGUAAUUGUGCGGGAUAUCUCAGGGAAGUACUCUUGGGAUGGAAAGGUUUUAUACGGACCUUUGGAAGGCUGCUUAGCACCCAGCAGCAGAAAUCCUGCAUUUCUGAUUUCUGGCUGGCAUCCUCAAGCUUUGGGAGCUCAGAAAGAUUUUUCUCAAACUGAGGAGGGAGAAGAUGUGCUUGACAAAUUACUUGAAAACAUUGGCCACACGAGUCCCGAAUGCCUUCUACCAUCACAGCUAAAUCUAAAUGAGCCUUCCCCACCCCCGCGAGGAAUGACCCGUGACCAAGAGAAGGAAAUCAUCGAGGUCAUUUUGCGCCAGAACGCCCAAGAAGACGACUACAUCCAGAGGUGUAACUCUGACUCAGCCAUGAAAGUCACCAGCCAGGAGCAGCCCUCACCAGUGGAGCCACGAGGACCCUUUUAUUUCUGCAGGUUGUUGCUUGAUGACUUGGGGAUGAAUUCUUGGGACAGAAGAAAGAAUUUCCAUCUAUUGAAGAAAAAUUCAAAACUAUUGAGAGAGCUAAAAAAUCUGGACUCCCGUCAGUGCCGUGAAACACACAAAAUUGCAGUGUUUUACAUUGCUGAAGGUCAAGAAGACAAGUGUUCCAUCCUCUCCAACGUAAGAGGAAGCCAAGCAUAUGAAGACUUUGUUGCUGGACUUGGAUGGGAGGUGGAUCUCUCAACCCACUGUGGGUUCAUGGGUGGACUUCAGCGCAACGGCAGCACGGGGCAGACUGCCCCUUACUAUGCUACCUCGACUGUGGAAGUGAUUUUCCACGUUUCAACUCGGAUGCCAUCAGACUCAGAUGAUUCACUCACCAAAAAGCUUCGUCACUUGGGGAAUGACGAGGUCCACAUCGUCUGGUCUGAACACUCCAGGGACUACCGCAGGGGCAUUAUCCCGACUGCCUUUGGAGACGUUUCAAUCAUUAUUUACCCAGUGAAGAAUCACAUGUUCUUUAUCGCGAUCACGAAGAAACCCGAGGUUCCAUUUUUUGGGCCUCUGUUUGAUGGAGCCAUAGUGAGUGGAAAGCUAUUGCCAAGCCUUAUAUGUGCCACGUGCAUCAAUGCCAGCAGGGCUGUGAAGUGCCUCAUCCCACUCUACCAGAGCUUCUACGAAGAGAGAGCUCUGUACCUCGAAGCAAUAAUUCAGAACCACCGAGAAGUAAUGACGUUUGAGGAUUUCGCGGCCCAAGUCUUUUCUCCCUCGCCCAGCCCCUCCCUCGGCGGAACGGAUUAAAAUACGUAAAGGUCUCAUUGCCACGUUUGAGCAAGGGCCCUGGCCACCAGCCCUAGUGCCUACCUCACGGCGCCUUUGCAAGGAGGAGAUGAAUGAGACUUCCCUCUUUCCCGACCCCAGAACCCCAAACCCAGAGACUCCAGGAAACAUCACUGCUCUGCUAGUGCCCUCCACACAUCUUCCCAUUGACGGACUUCCAAAGUUGAAGGUGAACCCCCCAAGAUGUUGAGGGUUGGACUUCUCACUCGCUGUGUCAUCUUGCUCUAGGACCUCACGAAACUUGGGCUUCAAACAAGAAAAAGGGAAAGUCACCAACAACCAGAGACAAACCCAUGCUUGUGGGCAUCGGUGUGGGCUGCUCCAGGGCAGGGACAGCAGGAGAAGAUGCUGGGUGUUCAUGGAAGGGUGGGGGGGGUAGCUGGUUUCUGUUACUCCGAGUUGUUUCCUCCUCUCAUUUAUAAACCCAAGCAUGAUUCACAGAAGGGCCAGCAAAAUAGCUGUCAAACAGGAAUUUUUCCACAUUGAUUUCGCUAGUGCUGAUGUUAGGAUUUAUGGUUUACUCAAGAAUUUCAUCAUCAUGGAAAUUGGCCUUCCCUAGGUCUUUUGCCCAGGAGAAGUUUUAUAUGAGUCGCUGAGUGUUUCCACCUGGUGCCUAAUGCCCACUAACUGGGAGAGGUUUCCCAAGCAUCCUCCUGGAGUUCCUCAGAUGACUCUAGAAACAGGGUCCUGUCCCUGUGAAAGCUCCUUAAGGUCAGGAAGCUUCAAGGGCCCAGCUCAGGAUAGCACUAAGUUGACACACAGGGAAUGCACCCAUGCGGCACUCGGCUGAGACGGGCACCCCCCUACAUGUCCCUCUGCCUCCAGAAGCUUUGCCCUACAGUUGUGCUCUCCUGCCUGCUGCUGAGAGAGAGCCAUGGCACAAUGGGUGCUUUUCCUACACAUUGGCUCCAAGGAAGGCAUGUUGAGCCUGUUUAAGAAAAAAAAAAAAGAAAAGAAAAACCUAACCUUCUAUCUGCACUCUCCCAGCACCUUGCUGGGGGUUUGAGGGUGUCAGUGACAGAAAAAAUCAGUCAGUUCGGAAGACCUCUUCAGCCCUCUGCUCUCUCCUAGGCCUGCAGCCUGCUCCAGAGUAAGCCUGGGACUCAGAACUGGGGGGAGCAGCCACUGAGGCCCAGAGAAGGAUCAGCCAUGCGAGGGUGCUUCCCCACCUCCCUUGACUCUCUACUUCUCUGCUCUUGUGCCCACUUUGUUACCCUCAGUGGCUGUGGUCACUUUCCUGUGGAGUCCUCUGAGCCCCCUCACUCCAUCAGAGUGGCUGUUUUCACUGACCAGUCAGUUCUGUCCGUCAGCCAUCGCUUGGUUUGGCUAGUACCCGACCAUUGCAGGAGAAACAAGCAGGUCCCAGGACCAGACCUUGCUUCUGGGACAAUGGGGAAAGAUUAAGAAGUUCCUACUGAAAGGAUAGACCUUCUAAUUCUAGAGAGAAUUUGUUUUUCAGCUUUGUUGAAAGCCUCAGGUAGGGCAUGAGUCCAGGCCCACAGACAGAAGCAGCUUGGAUAUCACCCGAACCUGAGAGAAACAGAAGUAAGCCUCAUCACUUUGGGCUGUUCUAUAAACCCAUCCAGUUGGUUCACUCACUGGGGCUUAAUGACACUGUUAAGGGGUGACUGGAAGUCCUGCCAUUUUCUGUUGUGUGGGCAAAUGCCACGAUUCUUAUCUUUCCCACCCCUGCCCCACCCCCACCCCCCACCUGUAUAAUGAUUUGGGCUUUCUGGGAUGUCCCCAGUGGCUCAGACUCAAGAUUUGUCGAGUCUGCUUUGUUGCAUAUUACCGAGUGCCCCAGACCUACUUCCUGCAGGGAAGGGCAUCACAUGUUCCUGGGCUCCAGAGUCCCAGUUAGGCUCUGAUGGCAAGUAGUUUCUGGGAGAACAUGUCAUUUCCAGGCUCUAGAAACCCCUGUGGCAGAAUUCUCAGAUUUAGUUGAAGUGUCAGUACUGGAAGUCACAUUGAACUCCCGUGGACUUCUGCUGCAGGAUUCCAUCUUACCUCCCGGAAUCAGUCCUCCUAACCUGCAAAUUGGGAAAUUCAGUUGUAGGCAGCAAAUAACUAGACUUCUUGUAAGCCCUACUGAUUUUAACAUCCCCGUGACCCCAGACUCAACCAGCCACUGGGGACUGGAGCUUCAUCUGAACCCACUGUUGUCAGCAGCAGCCUUGGUCUGGAAGAGGGGACCAGGGAAUCUAGCAACCACGUUUGCUUACAAUCACGUGGACUUGAAUUGCUUUUGUUAUUUGGGGUGGAAAAUUGGAAUGAUCAAGUUCCUUUUUUUUUUUUUUUCACUUAGAAAAGCAAAUAUUGUGCUUUUGUAAUAAAUGCCUUUCAGCAAAAUUGUGGGGGGUCACUCAUCCAGCGGGGGCCCACCUGAGUCACAACGCUGACUCUUCACAUUAGCAGGCCAGCCAUCUGUACGUGAAAGUAGCCCUAAUCAGCCCAAAAUGGAUAAGAUUUGCUGGCUUCCAGGCAGGGCCAGGCCAGUCCCCUCACUUCUCUGCACACUGAUUUCUGUCCAAAGCAAAGUUGAUGUUCCACAGUCUCACUAAGGUUUUUGUACUUUAAAAAAACAAAAUGAUGACUUUUUAAAAAUAGUUAAAUCUUAAGUAGACCAUAGUGAGGAAGUCUAGCUUGGGUGACUGUCACAGGGUCUCCAUGCAGUGAAGCCUGCAGCUGCUAAGAGCCACAGGGAGGGACAGGACUUAAGCCUUGACUUCAUAAGAGGGGCUGACUGAUCAGACCCUCAGCCUUACAAACAAGAGAUCAUGCGGAUCCGUAGACAAUGCAAAUCACGUCUUCCUGACCUUCCUGCCGGUGUGGCCACCUGCGCUUCACUUCCUGUUACAUUUAUGUCAUCUGGGGGUUUGAGGGAUCUUUUAAAACGUACUGUGAUGUCUUACAUGUAAGUGCGUUAUGUCUAGAUCUCUACUGAAGGAGAAUGUCCACAUCAGGAGGGAGUUCACCAUGAAACAACCAUCGUUCUAGGUUGUGCUCAGUAUCUAUUGUAUGACAUACCAAUGAAGUGAAUGUUUCUUAUGGUUUCAGGUCUACAACAUUUAGUACAUGUAAAUAAGAAAAAAUUGAUAAAUAUAGUAAAUUAAGUUAUAAUAUGUCAUUUGAUUUUAAUUUUGCUAUCUCAUAUUUAAUUUGCCCAAUGCCCCACAUCUGGGUUUAUGCUAGGUGGUAUAGACCCCUACGGACAACCCACCUUUGCAGACACGUGUGUGCUACACCCAGAAAAGGACACAACUCCACUGAUGACACCACUCGACUCUCCAGUUACCCUCUUUUUGUCUUUAUUCUGAUUUACUGUGAUGAUUUAAUAAAGUAGAAACACAAUA